AUGAGCCGGGCCCUGUUGUGGCUGGCCCUGGUCGGGGCCUGGUGGGGCCUGCACGCCUCCUGCUGCCUGCACUGCAAGCACCGCGCCAGAGUCCUGCGCUACCAGCAGCGUCGCUUGGUCGAGGAUGGUCGGGACUGGGGCAGCGCGGAGGAGCGCCUGGAGCGCGUCGAAUCCGUGUCGUGCGAAUCGUCGUCGUCGGAGCCCAAGCCCGUGGACGUGCCUCUCCCGGAGUCGCACACGGAGCCCCUGCGGCACAAGGCGGACCUGGCUGCCAGGAUGCUGCUCCAGGUGGCCCUGCACAGCGGAGAACAGGCCGGUCCGACAGGCCUGGUCCAAUCCUUCCUCAACGAGACCCUGGCGUCGGACGAGAGGUUCUGGGCCUGCCGCCUGCUGCUGCCGGGCGCCAACGGCACGGCGUCGCGUCCCUGGGUCCGCUACCUGGCCUCGGUCAGCCGCCGGGGCCCGGUGUCCGAACGGCGCAACUUUGCGCUGCCAGAGGUCCCCUGGCUGGCCGAGGACGCCUCCGAGGGGCGCUGGUCGGGCACCUACUACUCGUGCGAGCUGCGCCGCUGGAUCGCCUCGUACACGGUUCCUGCUCGUGCACCGGCCGGGGGUGCCCCGUCGGCGCUGCUCAGCGUGGACGUGGAUGCGAGCAGCCUGGACAUCGACCAGUGCGAUCCGGAAGCCACGGUCGUGCCUGCACCCAGAAUACUCGCCUUUCAGGGAACCCACCGCUGUCACAACAAGACGUCGCAAUGCAUCUUCUCUCCGGGUCAGGGCUGGACCCGGGGCUCGUACGUGUGCCAGUGCCGGCGGGGCUUCUACUCUCCCACGGGGAACCCCGUGUUCAACGGCUCCCUUGUGGAGGCCGCCUGGAAGGAGAAGCGGCUCUUCGGGAGGCCAACCUACGACAUGCUGUACGUCUGCAAGCCGUGCCAGCCCGGUUGCAGCGAGUGCGGGGACGACUCCCCGUGUCUGUCGCACUACAACUGGGCCUUCAGAAUCUCGCUGCUGACCAUCUCGGUGAUGUGCAUCGUGCUCACCAUGGUCCUGGCCGGCUACGUGUAUCGAUUCCGCAAGCUGAAGGUCAUCAAGGUGGCCAGUCCCAUCUUCCUCUGCAUCACCCUGGUGGGCUGCGCUAUCAUGUACUGCGAGAUGGCGGCAAUCUUUCCCGUGCUGGACGUGUACUGCUGUGUGGCCACAAAGUGGACGCGCCACAUGGGGUUCUGCAUCACGUACAGCACUCUGCUGCUCAAGACCUGGAGAGUCUCCUUGACGUAUCGGGUCAAGUCGGCGCACAAGCUCAAGCUGACGGACAAGCAGCUGCUCCAGUGGCUGUUCCCGAUCCUGCUCGAGAUGGCCAUCUACUUGGGCACCUGGACCAUCUCGUCUCCUCCCGAAGGGAUCUACCUCGAGGACUGGCACGGACUCAAGUUCAAGCAGUGCGAGUACAACUGGUGGGAUCACACCAUGGCCAUUGGGGAGUUCUUGUUCCUGUUGUGGGGCAUCAGGGUCUGUUACAAUGUGCGCAACGCGGAGUCCUUCUUCAACGAGGCGAAGCACAUCAGCUGGGCAAUCUACAACAUUACCAUAGUCAAUCUCAUCAUGAUGUUGAUCCAUCUCGUGAUCCUGCCAAGCGCCAGCCCCGACGUCAAGUACCUGUUCGGCUUCAUCCGGACGCAGCUGAGCACUACCGUCACGGUCAUCCUCAUCUUCGGACCAAAGUUCUACAGGGUGAUCAAGGGACAGGGCGACAUGUGGGACAACCGGGCACGGGCCAGGGGUGUGACGGCGUCCUUCUCGCUCAACGGGGUCGGGCUCAUGCACGAGGAGACGGUCGACCUCGGCACCGAGAACGAGGAGCUCAAGGAGGAAGUGCAGAAGCUGGCAGCCCAGAUCGAGUUCAUGAAGAUCGUGCACAUGGAGAUGAACAAUCGGCACCUGAAGCCCAAGCACGGCGGCUUCUUCAGCAGCGCGACCCAGAGCAACUCGACGCAGAGCCCCGUGGUCAAGGCCAUGUGCAUCAAGUUCGACAGCACGGACUCGCCGGGCUCACGCAUCUCGCCCGCCGCCGAACUGGUCAGCGAGCGGGUCUGAGCUCCACGAGCAGGGGAUCGUCAGCGGUAUCUCACAGUCGCUUCCAGACGGAACGACUCCUCGACCUCUGCACGUGAAGGACACCUUGAAUUCUCCGAAACGAGUGAUAUCUUUGUGUCGUCCUGCGGUGAGCUCCGUGUGGCGUGAACGCCUGUUUGCUGGGGUCGUUUGAGAGACAACGUGGAAAGUGAAUCAGCGCGAUACCGAAGGAGCGAGAGGGGUUGUCGACAUCAUCAUCAUCGGCAUGCAGACACCGUGGUCCCAUCGUGGUUUCCCAGUUGGCGUAGUCCACCUGCACUCAUUCAAGAAACUAAGUUACUUGGCAGGUCAUUAAUGUCCCUUCGAAUAUGUGCGGAGGCUACAUUGAGGAACACUAGCGCAAAACAAUUAGAGUGCCAAAGGUUAUCGACGAAUCUGACAUAUGAUGGCAGAUUCAAUAGUGAUGGGUUGGCUCUUGCUGCUCUUUCUGCUACACGCAAAUCCUCGUGUUUGUGCUCGCAAAGAAAAAAAAAAGAAGAAAUGUUGUGUGUGUUAGUGCCCACAAUGGCUGCACCGGAUCGUUGAGCUUCUUUACACCUCUUGAGAGACAGUCGAACGGACUGCUCGCCUGGCCCUGGUUACUCUCAACCGCAUGAAUCGGUUUUGAGGCCAAGUCGGAACCGCCGCAGCUUGCCUGCGAACUUGCCGUCCGAUUUGUUCUGAAGAUCGAUACUUGCGAUUGACACUCAAGAAAUAUAUCAUAUAGAAGCGACACUGUUUAAUAAAUCGAUGGCGUCAACCAUAUGCUUCCUCGAGUUUUCACAACGGAGGUGUCACUAAUGCUACCGUGUUAUCUGGCUACUAGAUAAUCGGUCGAGAUGUAUUCAGCGCGGUCGUCACAAUUGUACCUUUUUUUUUUUUUUUGACUUGGUUAUCAACAUCAUCAAGAGGUGAGGUUAUACCAAACAAGGGCCUUUUCUUAUAGUCUGCCUUGCAAGACACGAUGACGGUCAAUCACAGUUUGUUGUUAAAGAUAGCCAAAUCCGGGGUCUAGGCUUCCAAAAGACUGGCCGCGAGUUACCGCCGAGAAAAUACCAGAGAGCAACGAACGCGCAGUCCACGUUUACUAAAUCAACUACUGUCGAGACCGGUUAUAACGAAGCCGAUGCGAAUCAGAAAUCACUUCGAUAUAUCCGAUAUUUUGUUAUAACCGAGUUCGGUUAUAACAUAGUGCAAAAGGGAAUGGGAAAUCUUGAUCGCUUCGCUGCAGCCGCUAUUCCGUUAUAACCGACUUCGUUAUAACCGGUUUCUACAGUACGUCGUUGGUUACAGGGUAUUGAGGAUCGGAUCGCGAUUGGCUCUCGCCAUGCCUUGCAAGGCGGCAUGCCAAACUGUGUUGUUGAUAACGUAUCUUGAGCUGCGUGACAGCAGUACCGAAGCUUUGUCAAACGUACGGAAAGCCUCGUAGCGAUGUGACAAUUUUAGCGAUGUCUCGUCGCUGUUUAGAUGAUCCGAACGCUGCGGUGGUAGGCACGAGGCGUCAUUUACUCACGCGCCGUCUGCGUUCUUCAAACACAAAAAGCGCGGUGGUUGUUCGCUGUGGUAUGCACCACCCGUCGCCGAUGCAUCUUCGAUUGAGGCCUAGAAAUUUGCCCUUGAGGCUUGCCGUGGUCCUUUCGGCGGUCACCGGGAACACGUUUUGAAGGGCCAGUGUACAGGGGGAGUUGGAGGGGAAGAUAUCGCUGUCGAACGUCGACACAAACAUCGGAUAACUGUGAUGCCGUGAACUUUGUUUGUUCUUGUUUUCCUAGGAGUUGAAAUGUUAAACUAUACCUUGCACAAAAUAAGUGUGCGCCGUUUGUGUUUAGGCUUUCAAGGCGGACAUAGGUUUUUUUUUCUGGUGACUUGUUGGUUGGUUUCGCGUGGUCGUUGAAUAAAAAAACCCGUUUAUAAGA